AUGUCCACUCAAGCUUCCUCUUCUUCAUCUUCACAUAAUGUUGUCGGUGUUCACUAUCGAGUCGGCAAAAAGAUUGGCGAAGGCAGCUUUGGUAUUAUUUAUGAAGGUACCAAUCUACUCAACAAUCAGCAAGUGGCCAUCAAAUUCGAACCUAGAAAAAGCGACGCUCCUCAGUUGAGAGACGAAUACAGAACUUAUAAGAUCAUGGCUGGCUCCACUGGCAUUCCUACAGCAUACUAUUUUGGCCAAGAAGGACUCCACAACAUCCUUGUCAUCGAUCUCUUGGGACCCAGCUUGGAGGAUAUGUUUGAUGUGUGCGGUCGAAGAUUCUCGACAAAAACCGUAGCCAUGCUUGCAAAACAAAUGAUCACUCGAGUGCAAACGAUCCACGAGAAAAAUCUUAUCUAUCGCGAUAUCAAGCCUGAUAAUUUCCUCAUUGGCAAGCCCAAUACCCAGUUAGCCAACAACAUCUUUAUGGUGGACUUUGGCAUGGCCAAACUGUACCGAGAUCCCAAAACCAAGCAACACAUCCCCUACAGAGAACGUAAAAGUUUGUCCGGAACUGCACGCUACAUGAGCAUCAACACGCAUUUGGGAAGAGAACAAUCAAGACGUGAUGAUUUAGAAGCUUUGGGCCAUGUAUUCAUGUACUUUUUGCGAGGUUCUUUACCCUGGCAAGGACUCAAAGCAGCCACCAAUAAGCAAAAGUACGAAAAAAUUGGUGAAAAGAAGCAAAGUACUGCCAUCAAAGAUCUUUGCGAUAGAUAUCCAGAGGAAUUUGGCAUCUAUCUUCAGUAUGUUCGUAAACUGGGAUUCGAGGAAACUCCAGACUAUGAUUUCCUUCGUGAACUUUUUUCAAAGGUCAUCAAAAAUCUCGGUGAAGAAGACGACGGCGUCUACGAUUGGAUGUUGCUCAACAAUGGCAAAGGAUGGGAGGUGCGAUUUUUAUUUUAUUUUUUUGACUACCUAUACAAAUGGCUGCUUAUCUGA